AAAGAAAAAAAGGUGUGAGAGCAACGAGGAAAGUGACGUAUGAAUGUGUGACUGUUUGCCGAGUGCACACAGAAGGGAGCUAAGUGAAAUAGAAGAUAAGAGGAACUAUAUUCGGCUCAUUUAUAUGGUAAUGAGAUGAUUACCGAUCGGUAUAAAUUGGACAAAGGAUCGAAGUUUUGGCGACAGAAAUAUUGCGCGCCGUUUAUCGAAAGAACACAAAGUUCUCCAACGUUUGCGGUUUUAACACGGAUGAGCGAGGUACAUCGUCCGGGAGGAAAAGAACUGAGGAAGAAUUGGUCGAGAGAGAAAUAUAUGCGUAAAGAAGGGAAAGAUGACGAGAAGUGAAAUUGACGAGCCAGGGAAGUUCCGGCAGCUUCUCGUUGCGUUAAUCGCAAACAUCUCAUCCUUCUCGUUUGGAACGAUGAUAGGCUGGCAAUCGCCGACGAUGCCGCAACUACAAAGUGAAAAUCCUCCAGUAGGUAACAGGCCGAUGACGAAGGAGGCGGCAUCCUGGUUGACCGGGAUUAUGUGCCUGACGGCCGCUUUAACAAGCUUGAUAAUCGGCGCGAUAGUGAACAGAUUCGGACAUAAAGUGACAGGAUAUCUGAUAGCUUUGGCGCAUUGUACCACUUGGUUGUUCAUCAUCUUCGCGACGCAACACACCUAUUUAUUUAUCGGCCUUUUCUUCUCGGGUAUAUCCGGCGGGAUGACGUUGUUCUCGGUGCCGCUAUACGUGUCCGAGAUCGCAAGCGAUGGUAUACGCGGCAUGCUAGGCAGUCUGAUGGUAUUCGUGCUGAAUGGCGGCAUUCUUUUCGGCUACGUACUCGGCGCUCUACUCCCGUAUCAAUGGUAUUCGAUCACGAUGUUCGCGUUCCCUCUAUUUUAUAUCGCCACGUUUCCUUUCCUACCGGAAUCGCCUGUAUAUCUGGUGCGAAACAAUCGGAUCAACGAAGCAUCUAGGCAAGCACAGGCAAUUUCUUCCCUUUCUUCUUCGUUCAAUCGACCAAUCGCAUAUACGCAUAACACACGCAAUUUUCGCACGACAUCUCUGACAUGGUUGAGAAGUGGACAGAAGUUGCUGGUCGAGCAAGAAAUGUUGCGCCUGCAGCAGGAAGCAAAAGAGAUAAACGUCUCGGGACCAUUGACGAACAAACUGUCGGAGCUGUUCCGAGAUCGGGCAACGAUCAAAGGGCUGUGCAUUACGCUAGGGAUGUUCUGUGGGCAACAACUUGCCGGGAUAUUUAUUAUGAUAAGCUACACGGAAACGAUAUUCAAGAUGUCGGGAAGUUCGUUGUCACCAAAUGAUUCGGCAAUUAUCGUGGGCAUGAUUCAAGUGUUCGGUUCGUGGUUAUCUACCACAUUGAUGGAAAGAGCCGGUAGAAGACCGUUGUUUUUGAUCUCCUGCUUGGGAAUGGGCACGUGCCACUGUGUCCUCGGAGUGUUUUGUUACCUGCAAACACUCGGAUACGACGUUAGCCAGUUCAGUUGGAUCUCGAUCAUAGCCUUGUCAGUCUUCAUGAUCACGUACGGUUUGGGUAUGGGGCCAGGUCCAUACGUCAUCUCCUCGGAAAUACUUAGCAGAGAUGUUUCGAGCUUGGUGGUAACGCUCGGGAUGUUCACCGCUUGGGCUAUAGCUUUCAUCGUCGUUAAAUUAUUUCCAACCGUGGUCGAUUUCCUGGGUAUACACGGUUGUUUCUUUCUGCUCGGUACUUUUUGCGCGAUCACUUUCGCGUUCAUUUACAUCCUUGUCCCAGAAACGAAGGGUUUGCCUCGUCAAGUAAUUCUGGAUCGACUUAACGGUGUAUCUUCUUCAUCAAACAGUACGCAAUACGUCUCGUCGCAGGAGUUCAACGAAAAAGAUGUCUCGCUAACCCGAACUAGUUUAAGAACAUUUCAGUCGAGGAAUAUUGUUUCAAAGUACCUGAUCGUACGUAGUGAGCACACUUGUGCAGGAAUAUACGCGGGAAACGAAACGAAUAAGAGAGAAACUGUCUGCCUGUUA